CAGCUGGUCUCUGCUGGAAACUGGUGUGCACCUCUGUACACUCUAUUGGACUAGAGGGCCAGCCCUGCAGAGCUGUUUAAAGGGAAGUGGAUCUUCAGCUAUCAUCUGUGAAAGUGGAACAAAAUGAACCGUGUGGAAGAAUGGGUGCUGCAGAACAAGAGCAAAAUAGAGAAGGGAGUGGAGAUAAUGGGUCAGGGCUGUGAAGUUCUGGCCGCCACUGUGGGCCAGCUCCACCCCAUCCUGGAGGCCGUGUUUGUGGCCUCUGCUGAACUCCUCAACAACCCAGAGGGAAAGGAGGCCAAGUACCUGGCGGAGCAAUUCGAGAAGGUCAACCAGAAGCUGGAAGGCAUCCAGGAUGAGGUAGACCGCAUUGCUCUGGAGCUGCAACGCACCUCCAUGAAUAAGCAGAACUUUGACCGAGAAGCACAGAUGAUCAGCCAGUACGAGAAGUUCAUUGAAUUUGUCAAUGCUAAACCCAAGUUCAAGGAUAAGAAGAAGGAGAAGUUCCUCAGCCACUAUGAAAACACGGAUGGUGACCUGAACCUGGAUGCCCUGUAUAAUGCAGUCACUGGGGAGAACACCUCUGGAGACCCAAUGCUGGAAAUAGUGGUGACCACAGAGCAGAGGAGCCGACGAGCUGUGGAGGAGUUCUGCGCCCGACUGAAGAAGCUCUUCGUAGUGGGAAUCAUAGCAGUCAUGGGUCAUGCCGCCCUGAAGGAGGGAUUGGUGGGGGAGGACAUGGCAAAGAAAUGGCAAGGGAGGAUGGAGCAUGUGGAGAAACUCAUGAAGGCAGCAGUGGAUGACUGCACGCAGAACUUUGCCACUCAGGCCAAGGAGGACAUAGGGCACUUACUUCAAGAGAAGCAGGGCAGUGUUGACCCCAGCUUCACCAAGUCCCUUUUGGACUUCCUUGGUAAAAAGUAUGAUUGGGUUUCCUGGUCCAUAAGGGUCUUCAGCCAUGGGGGGCUGUUUUUCUGGAACUGGCUUGCUGGCAAGAAGUACCAUGGUCGUGGUGGUGGUGCAAACUUCUUUGACAUCCUGACUAAGAACAACAUCAGGGUGGUGAUCUCCUUCAGUGCAGACCCCAAGCCUAUCAACAAGGUUCAGAUCCAAGAGCAGAUAGAGGGGCAGAAGCUGAAAGGAAACAUGGUGUCUGUGGCCCAAUCCCUUUGUAAUAGCCUGCCAAACUGUGUGGUGCAUGCUGUUAGUCGAUACAAGGAUGUGGUGGAAUCCAACAACUUCCAGGAGGAGUGUUACUACUUUGGGAAACAUAAAAGGGCAUACUUAUGCAUUCACUCUGAAUAGCCAUUUUCAUUGAAGGAUUUGUAUU